UCUCUUUUCCCUCCUUUCUCCUUUUCUCUCUUAUUUCUCUUAGAGACUACAGUUUUACUCAAUAACUACCAGUUCUAUUAUUGAUAACUACUGAUAUUCCAUGGCAGAAUCCUUGACUCAAGAUCAGAUUGUAGAGUUUCAGGAAGUUUUUUGUCUUUUUGACAAAGAUGGAGAUGGUUGCAUUACCAUUGAAGAAUUAGCGACGGUUAUUCGUUCUCUUGAUCAAAACCCCACUGAAGAAGAGCUUCAAGACAUGAUAAAAGAAGUUGAUGGAAAUGGGAAUGGAACUAUUGAAUUUGGAGAGUUCUUAAGUCUCAUGGCAAGAAAAAUGAAGGAGACUGAUGCUGAAGAAGAGCUGCAAGAAGCUUUUAAAGUAUUUGACAAGGAUCAAAACGGAUUCAUUUCUGCUCCAGAGCUGAGGCACGUUAUGAUCAAUCUUGGAGAAAAAUUAACUGAUGAAGAGGUGGAUCAGAUGAUUAGGGAAGCGGAUUUAGACGGCGAUGGCCAAGUUAAUUAUGAAGAAUUCGUCAGGAUGAUGAUGGCUGUUUAAUUAGUGUAUCGGAAUGAUAAAUUAUUUCGAUUAUUUGGUAUAAGGAUGAAAUUUGUAGGAAGAAAUAUAUGAAUAAUUCAAUUUAAUUCA